UUAGCCCGCUCACGUCUGUUUGCGACUUAAAUUAAGCCAGACUUGCUUGUGCAAUGGAGGAGAGAGACGACCAAGGCAUAUUCGCUGCGGAACGGCUGCUUAAGAAACGUAUCAGAAAGGGACGUCGUGAGUACUUAGUUAAAUGGCUGGGAUAUUCAAGCAAAUAUAAUACAUGGGAGCCGGAAAAUAAUAUAUUGGAUGAGCGACUGUUCCAGCAAUUUCAGCUGCGACAAAGAACCAAAACAUCUUCUAGCGAUUCUGUACGGGCCAGCAAUUUCAAUGAUGGCCAAACGACGAGAAUGCUCACAGAUGUAGACCCCAAGGACAAGGAACACAAGUUCGGGGGAGAAGCGAAAUUUCAUGACCCUAAACGUUGUUUUGAGGAAGUGAUUACCCCAGAAGUACGCAGUGGGUAUAGAAAUGAUGUAGGCGAGUGUCUUACACCACGUCGGGGCAAUCAAGACGUACUUAACCCAAAUCACGAACGCUUUGUUAAAGCCGACACGGAUUUGCUUCGUGAAAGAAGAUAUGGAUCAGACAAUGGGACAGGAACGCCUGUCGAAUGCAAAACAGUGGAAAUUGAAAACAAGCUUACAAACUCGAUAAACAAAACGACGGCGAGCGAGCAAAAAGCGCUGACGUGCUUCACAAUCGACGCGAUUCUCAAGAAAAAUGAUGAGCGGGCAAAUUUUAAUGCUGACAAGUGCAAUGACGAAGCGAAUGUAACCUCGACCUUGCUCAAACGAAAACGACCCGAGGAUCUUAAGACCGAUACGACAUCUGGAGUGUUUGAAACGAGCACGAAGGACGGCGAGAAAUUCGCAAAAAACAGGAAAUAUCACAGUUGCUCUGCAAGCUCAACAUCGAGCUUCGAUGAAAACCAAGAGUCGAUAAAGCAAAGUCCAAGCCGAGAUUCGGGUGUCUUUUUCGACAGUGAUGCAAGUCCCAUCAGUCCGGUCACAUCAUCGGGCAAUUUCCUGUGGAAAUCACCUUUAAUUACACCGUGGUACCCCCUCUAUUAUGUCCCCUAUGACAAAACGUCGCCUACCGCUGGUUUAUCCGAUGGCAUUUACAGUGUAUCUCAUCCAACAAGUAUGCUACCCGGUUUAUCGUGCUGUGAAUCACCAUACGGUUACCAGCAGAGCCCAUUUCAUUACCUUAUGGUCGAUCGCACAGGAUGUGUGGUCAGACCAAGAGCCUGGGAACUAAACUAAUGGAUAAUGGGAAAAAAUAUUUGAUUGGGAAAAAAAUAAUAACUGCAUGGCUUUAUCAUGUCUCGUCUGCUAUCCAUAAUAAGCGAUCCUACGGAAGUCAUUAUUGGGUAUUUUGAUAUUGAAAUAGUUGUGUUAAAAAGACGCGAUGUUUAUUUUUUCGUUCUUGCAAUGGACAAAUAUGACUUUUACAUUACGUUACCUUGAAAAUAACGGUGAAAAUGUAAGCAAAAGGUCUAUCCUUUUAUGUUAACUAACUUGGCUGAAAUUAUGUACAUACGCGUUACUCAAUGACGAACUUGCUUAUAUUAGCAAUAAAAAUUGA